ACGUAUGUUAACAACAAUCACUCAACUUAACGCAGCUUUGUAACUUAACGCGAAAAUGUCGCCUCUCUCAACGCGUGUAAUUGAUAGACGAAAGGAAGCGAGUUUUUUUUGGGUAAGCCAUGGAUCACAACACAACACAUUGUGAUUCAUCGAAGUCAUUUACGACCAUCAAGGGCGAUGUUCAAAAUGGCAAGAUUGUUUGUUUCUUACACAAUAUUCUGUUUUUGAAUUUUUCCUCUUUUCUGCUUGCUUUUCUAGAUUUUGCUGGACUGGAAUAACCCUUUUUGGAAGAACGAUGAGACUCAAGGUCUAAAGUCUGAUCCUCAAUAACAAAAAAUUUUUUAGAAAAACCUUUACGAUUUUGGUGGCAGUUUUUGACAAUUUCUUAAAUAUUUGCAUCACGUACGAAGAAAAAAUUUUUUUCACAGAUAUAUUUGGUUGUGUUUGUGUAGCGAACGCGUACGAACGCAUUCUGUAAAACGAGUUUAAAAUCCCACAGUGAAAAGUCAUCGUUAGUUAAAAAUGUGCAGGUUAACCUAACCUACAGGUUAGGUUGGGAUUAGUUUACAAAUUUGUAGGUAAGGUUAAGAACCCGGCAAGUUAGGUUAGCUUAAGGGUACCAUGCCUGAAGAGUGGGGUGGACAAAGUUAAAAGCUUAUAUCCAGAAGGUUGUUAUCAAGCGUAGAAAAGAUGUACUUUUUUUUGUUUUUGUUUGAAAUUAAAAGUCAGACAAUAUUUUUUUCUCAAGUAAAAGCUUUCAAAAAGAAAGUGAGAGAAUAGUCAUAUGGUGACUGACUCAUUCGUUUUUUUAUACUAUGUUGGGUCCUGAUGAUAAAUGUCUGGCUGCUGAUUUAAUGGGGAUCAUACCAAGAACAAGUAGAUAUUUGUUUGCUGCUAUGCAUAAACUCACAUCAUCGUCUCCGUCCAUACAAUAUCAAGUACGUGUGAGUUAUUUAGAAGUAUAUAACGGUCGUGUUUAUGAUUUACUAAGAAAGAAUGAUAAUAAAAGUAACAACAAGCUGCAUUCUCUGAGCAUUCGUGAAGACACCAGAGUAAUAUAAAUGUUACGGAUGCAGUAGAAAUACCUGUACAUAAUAGUUUAGAAUUAGAGAAUAUAUUAAUGCAAGGUAAUCAAAGACGUGCAAUUGAAUUUACAUGUAUGAAUUCGUCAUCAUCAACAAGUCAUGCUUUAUUAAUUAUAUGGAUAGAAAGAAGAGAACGAUCAACAUGAUCAUUAUCCAGAGAAUAUACAUCUUAUAUAGGUCGCUUAAAUUUGAUUGAUUUAGCCGGUAGCGAAGUUAUUUCACGUUCAAAAGCUGAAGGUGACAGAUUUCGUGAAGCGGUUAAUAUUAAUACUGAAUUAUUACAAUUAAGAAGAGUAUUAGAUGCACUGUCAGCAUCUUCAUCCUAUAUUCCUUACAGGGAUUCAACCUUAACCCGUUUACUUCAAUCAUCAUUAUCAACAACACAGUCCAUCACAAUAUUAAUCUCUCAUAUUAGUGACAUAAUGUUCGGUAAUUACAAUGAUAUAGUGCAAUGUUUUUAUCGUCGUACAGUUUAUAUUCAUACACCUUCUUAUGGGAAAAUAUUUGCUCGAUUACCAGGACAUAGGUAUGAUGGUAGCAUAAGAUUUUGCUUCGAUCUGGAAAUACGUUGUAGAAAGACGAGAAAUGUUUGCCACCGCGGCCAUCGUCAAUGA